AUGGACUUUCUUCACCGCCAGGUUGGCCUGGUCCAAAAGCAGCUGGCUUUCGUCGCUACAGACCCCGUAGACUGGAAGCUCUAUGUCCAGCUGUUCUCAUGGGGCGUCUGCUUGUUCGAGACUUACUUACUUCUGCGUCAGUAUCCGCUGUACUCGAAGAAGGAGCCACCGAAAGCCCUGGCAGAGCAUUUCACCCCUGAAGUCUUCGCCAAGUCCCAAGCUUACGGCAAAGACAAGGCUAGAUAUGCCAUUAUCUCUGGUCUCUACAAGCAAGUGAUAGAGUCCGCACUACUGCACUACGGAGUAUAUGCUUGGGCUUGGGAGCUGGCAGGACAACUAACUGGGAAGUUUGGUUACACCGAGGAAUACGAGAUCACACAAUCCGUCGUUUUCACGUUCGUUACUUACUUCGCUUCAUCUCUGCCGACAUUGCCGCUGUCCAUUUACCAUACCUUUGUCCUCGAAGAGAAGCAUGGAUUCAACAAGACCACGCCGGCUCUAUUUGUCGCUGACUUGCUGAAAGGCUGGUUGCUUGCCAUCGUUAUUGGCGCGCCAGCGCUCUCUGGAUUUCUCUGGGUUUUCAAGUGGGCCGGCGACCACUUCAUUCCAUGGCUUAUGGGCUUCUUGCUCGGAUUCCAGAUCAUUAUGGUCAUCAUCUACCCGACGGUCAUCCAACCUUUGUUCAACAAGCUCUCGCCGCUUCCUGCUGGCGAGUUGCGCUCACGUACAGAAGUACUCGCGGCAAAACUCAAGUUCCCUCUAAAGCACCUGUACGAAAUCGACGGCUCGAAGCGCAGCUCCCACAGCAAUGCAUAUUUUUUCGGCCUGCCGUGGAGCAAACAUAUUGUCAUCUACGAUACGCUGAUCAAGCAAAGCAAGCCGGAUGAGGUCGAGGCAGUGCUGGCACACGAACUUGGACACUGGUACUAUAUGCACCCAACGAAGCUGCUACUCGUGUCGCAGGUGCACCUGUUCACAAUCCUUGCACUCUUCCCUGCAUUUAUGCACGCACCGCCACUCCUGCGCGCGUUCGACUUCCCGAAGCAUGUCGCCGCACGUCCACCGACCAUCAUCUCCUUCCUGCUCUUCCAGAUGAUUAUCACACCGCUGGAGUCCGUCGUUAGUAUCGGUAUGAACGCGCUUUCGCGGCGCUUCGAGUAUCAGGCAGACCACUUCGCCUGCAUCCUCGCGGACAAGCUCCAAAGCAAGGACAUGGUUGACAUAGGCGAUCGUCUCGGCCGUGCACUGGUACAGCUCCAUGUGAAGAAUCUGUCGACCGUCUGGGUAGAUUGGUUGUACUCGGCGUACCACCACUCGCAUCCGACUCUUACUGAGCGUCUGAGAGCACUCGAUGCGUUCAAGGCCAAGAGGGAGUGA